AGAUUAGUUGGGUCAAUCUGUACUUCAGUGUCUCUUUAACGAUGGAACGCGGAGCUUCCUCCGUGGCGGAUGAAUUGUGACGCGGACUGAGUGUUGCAACGUUCUAAAAGUUAUACUUACGAGCAAGGACGAAGGAGUUGUGGGUUCGUUGUGGCGUCUACGCUGGGGUUUUGGGAGCCCCGUUCCCUGCUUCCCCCGGCCCCUCUGCCAGCCCUACAAACUUUCAGCCAUGCUGACCGAAGAAUGGAUUUGGGGGAUCACGACGUGCUGUCUGCGCGGGAGCAGUUAUUUCAUGAGAGGGUCCGGGAAUGUAUUAUCUGCACCCUUCUCUUUGGCAGCCUCUAUGUCCUGUGCUACUUCAUCUUAACCUACUUCAAAAGGCACACUGACUUCACCACAGUUGAUGAAGAUGCUGCGGUCAACCGGAUUGCGCUGUGGCUGUGCACCUUCACCUUGGCCGUGUCCCUGGGGGCGGUGCUGCUGCUGCCCUUCUCCAUCGUCAGCAACGAAGUCUUGCUCUCCUUCCCUCAGAACUACUACAUCCAGUGGCUGAACGGCUCCCUCAUCCACGGACUCUGGAAUCUUGUCUUCCUCUUCUCCAACCUCUCCCUCGUCUUCCUCAUGCCCUUUGCCUACUUCUUCACAGAGUCGGAAGGCUUUGCCGGAUCAAAGAAGGGGAUCAUGGCUCGUGUAUAUGAGACCUUCGUAGUCCUGCUGUUACUAACCCUGUUGGUGCUGGGAAUGGUCUGGGUUGCGUCUGCUAUUGUGGACCAGGACGCAGCCAGCAGGGAAAGCCUCUACGAUCUCUGGGAGUACUACCUUCCCUACCUCUACUCCUGCAUCUCCUUGUUCGGUGUGCUUCUGCUCUUAUUGUGUACACCCUUUGGUCUGUCACGGAUGUUCACUGUCACAGGGACGCUGCUGGUAAAGCCCAGGCUCCUGGAGGAUUUAGAUGAGCAACUGAGCUGCACGGGAUUUGAGGAAGCUGCUGUGUCUCGCAAGAUCAACUCUGGGCAAACAUCCUGUUGGCUCAACUUUGAUAUGGAAAUGUUGAGACAACAAUACCUAGCCAUUCAUGCACACAGGAUAACACUGGAAACACGCCGCAAAGCUUCUGCUUGGCAAAGGAACUUGGGCUAUCCACUGGCUAUGCUGUCUCUGCUGUCUUUGACGGGCAUCUCGGUUCUAGUUGUCUGCUUCCAUGUUCUGGAGCUGCUGCUGGAUGAUGCUGCAAUGCCCCGAGGAAUUCAGGAUGCACCCCUGGGAAAAGUUUCUUUCUCUGUCUUUGGCUCUUUUGGGGCAGCCAUGCAGGUCAUUCUGAUAUUUUAUCUAAUGAUCUCCUCUGUUGUGGGGUUCUAUAGUUCGCCACUCUUCAUUAAACUGCUGCCUGAGCAACAUGACACAGCCAUGACUAAGAUCAUUGGGAACUGCGUCUCCCUCUUGGUGUUAAGUUCUGCACUCCCUGUUUUGUCUCGUACAUUGGGGAUCACAAGAUUUGACUUGCUGGGAGACUUCGGGAGGUUUAACUGGUUGGGAAACUUCUACAUUGUUUUCCUCUAUAACAUGCUCUUUGCCGGACUCACCACUCUUUGCUUGGUCAAGAAGUUCACCUGGGCUGUGCAGGCGGAACUCAUCAGGGCUGUUGGCCUCCACAAGCUGCCCCUACCUGUGACACGGUCUUACCGACCAAGCAAGCUCAGCUAAAAUAAGGGUUCGUGCCUGGACGGAGCUUGGCACUGGCUAGGGAUAGGACUUUCUGGCUUUGUGCUCAUGUUCUGAGCCAAUGAGUUAAGGUGGAGGAGGUCAGGAACUUCCUUGUUCUGAUCCUGGUUUUGACUGACAGCCUGACAGAACUGCGAGGUGAGGAAGCAGCAUCCUUCACAUGCAUGGCCCCUUGUUCCUGCCUCCCAGAAGCUUGAGGAAUGACAGGCUUCAACCACAAGAAAGACUUUUUGGACUUCUUUUAAGGUGCUUUUCUGUCAGGGGCAAGAGAAUGUGCAGUUCAUCAAAAAGAAAAAAGAAAAAAAAACCCAGCAGAAUCAAGGCAGCAGAAGCAGGUUAUGGAGAAGACAGAGACUGAUGCAAAAUGAGCCCCUGGACUAAUUUUAGGGAGCAAGGCAAAGCUGCAGCCUGCUAGAGAAAGUGCCUGGUGUCCCUCAUCGUAACAGAUGUUGCAUUUCUCUAUUAUCUGGGUCCCCCCCACCCCCCAUUUACAUGUGUCUUAAAGUUCCUACCUACUCAGGCCUCCUUUCUCUCACAAAAUCUUGCCGCCCAAAGAGGCCAAUUUAAGUUCUGAGUAGUAGUUUAAACUCGGUUUCAUACCUCACUCAAGUGCAAUAUAAGUUGGCACUAUUGGGCCAUGUGUUCCAGUAAGCAGCCAACUUGGUAUGUUUGUGUGUAUGCCUGUGGAGGGGAUUGUUUGAGUUUUGAGUGUAUGUGUCAUUCAGAAUGUCUUCUGUAAUGUUUUAUGCUUUGCUCUUUCACAGCAAUAGGUGUCAAUAUUGGGUCCAAUCAAUUUCUUCUUUGUGAAUUUUUCAGAAUGGGUAAGCACAGUUGGUAAGAAACCAUUGCCAUGGCCUUGUGGAGUAGCCAAUAUUCUGAGUCCUAAGCACAGACUUCAAGAAUAUUCAUACAGCCCUUCUGUCUUCUUCUCAUCCAUGUCAGCUUUGUGUGGUAAAUUCCCCAUUGGGUGGACUUCAUAGUCACUUUGCCUAAUGUUCCCACUGAGAUUCUAGCCACAGUAGGAAAGGCAUCCCAUAGGCAUUGUCCAGUUCCCAUAAUCACCGACUACUGGCCGAUUAGUUCCCAUCAUCCGUAAAUAUUGGCUGUUUUAGGCAUAUGUGAAUAUUUAUGCAAUAGUAUUGCGGGAACUAUAUUCUUCCUCCCCCAACUAUUCAUAAUUGCUUGAGGUCUUUUUAUCAAUGGCAUUUGGGCCGUGGAAUGCCACCCCUGCUCCAGAGGUUUACAGCUUCCUCUGCAUGACUGGCAUUCUAGCCACAUGUCUGUAUCUACUGUGAAUGCCUCUACUGGAAAUCUCUCAGUCCUUGGAUAGUUGACCAGAUGCUCCCUUAUAUUCAGCUUCCACUGGAAUAACACAAAGCUUAAUCCUUCAUUUUGUUUAUUUUUAUGGAGGAGAACAGCAAGCAAGUUGGGCUACAAAUGGGGAGACGGCUAUCAGAGGGGCCAGCGUUGAGCAGAACAGUCAUUUAUAAUAAUGUAGGGUGUCUGAGUUGCAAGCAUGCUCUUUUCCAGCAUCAAAGCUUCUGUUGUAUGGGGGAUAGGUAGAGUUAGCAAGACUCACAGCUGCUCUGUCCAUCGUUGCAGCAUAUUCCCUUGUGCAUAACUCUGAGGACUGAAGAUUACAUUGUGAUGUCAGCAAGUCACUUGUCUCCAUAGAUGUUAAAGCUGGAGCUGAAGAAGGUUCAGUGUUUCAAAUCCUGCAUUCAGACAGAGCCAUGUUUAGCCUUGCCCAAACAGUUACCUUCAGAUAUGAACAUACUGCACCUCCCAGAAUUUUCAAUCAACAUAUUCAAAAGUUGUGCUGGCUAUGAAUUCUGGGACUUGCAGUCCCAACCAACCAGAGGAUGCCAGGUCGAGUAAAGCUGGCCUAAAUUUGGAUAGGAAAAAAGUGUGCAUUAAUCUGUCUGUUGUGGAAAAUACUACAACAUUGUACUUCAGCUCAGACAGGACCAUCUUUCUUUCUUGUCAUGUAGUGAAUGUCUGGUCUUAUUACAUAGGACUCCUAGCUGUGUAAGCAAUAAAUUGUCUUUUUUUUAAAAAAAUAUCCUUUC